AUGGCGCAGUCAAAGUAUGAAACCACCCGAGUGAAAGUGGAUCCGACGAUAGGCGUCAUUGAUCUGCAAAAGGUUUUGAAGAAGCAUGUGGACAAUGCCCAAGACAAGGAUAUUUGGAAUAUUCUGAAGCAUCCCACCGGUGCUCCCUUCUCUUGGAAGACGGCGGUAUGUAUUCCGUGGAUCGCUCAGGCAGCCUAUCUCCUCGUAGAUUUCCUCCAGGUAGCCCCGAACUGCGUUCUGCCUGCGGCGAAGCUUCGCACGAGUUUGAAGCGGUUGGUGGUUGAUGGUACGGAGAAAACCAAGAAAGUGAACCGCACGAACUAUGCUACAGAUGAUUUCGUGGACCAGAUCGACAGCAGAAUUCGCAUCCUGCUAAGCCAAGUCCGGUGUUUGAAGAAGCAGGACGAGUACCUGAGAGCAGUACGGACAGCCACGGAGUCGGAAAAGGCAAGGAUCGACAUGGUGUUGUCUCAUGUGUUCUCCGAGAAGGAGAACACGGUUGGGGCAAGCUCCAGCGGCCAAACGACUGGUCUGGAGAUAGUUCCUUAUAGACCUCCAGAGAUGCGGAGCGAGGGCAUUUUUGGAAGAAUCUUGGCGAAGCAGGAUAGCAGCCCACGGCCCUUGAAGAAAGCUAGCCUGGUGAUGGGGCCUGGAAGUCCCGUCAAGAUUUGGAGGGGAGCCGCGAAGAUCUGCAGUCCGAAAGCUUCUGCGGGGGCGGCUGAGCACCCCACGGUGUUCGGGAGGCCUUUGAUGGUUGGAGAUUUGGGAAGCAGCUCCAGCGAGGAAGGUGCUUCACAAGCUGCUGCCUCCAGCUCUAGCAGGCCGGUCAAGAAGGUGGCCCCAAAGGCAGAGGCUCUGGUGAAGCCUUUGGUGUCAGAAGCUGCCUCGUAUGGCUUGGAUGCUGGAGAUCUGGACAUCAUGAAGCAGGCGAACCUCCACAGAGUGGUGAACAACAAGAAGUCUUUCAAGAAGCCGGCAGCGGCCGUGGGCAACAGUAAGAAGAAGCACGAGAGUGCUUCGAAGGCCGCGAGUGCUUCGAAGCCCGCCGAUGUUUCGAAGCCCGCCAGUGCUUCGAAGCCCGCGAAGGGCGCUUACAAGUGCAGUUUCAAGAAACGAAAGACCUCCGCUGUCUACCAUAAGGAGCACACACUGAGGCUCAGGUUGGGCGACUCCCCGCAGACUGCGAAGAAGAAGGCCAGAGCUGCCAUGGCAGAGGUUGCAUCCAAGAUAGAUGCCGGUAUCAUCACUGAGCAUGGCUCCUAG